GAUUCACUCUCGAGAUGUUGCAUAUCAUCGACUUACCGCCUGACGAGAGAAUGAAUUUCAAGAAAGAUAUAGAAAGCUGCGCGAAGGUAUACCGCCACACAGUCAACAAGCACAGCAGAAGAGAACAUUUAGUUGCCAACAGACAAUAGUUCGUGUAACAACUCAUUAAAUCCUUGAAAAUGGUAGACGGAGUCUACCGAAAUAUUGGAGAAAAAUAAAAGAAAAAAACCUUAAAUAUUUGUGUUUUAAUGGACCUAUAGCCGAUACAAUACAACAAAAUUACAAGAAUUUUAAACCAGGUCAACAAUACCCUAACAGAGUAUACAUCAACGGGAGGCACGCCGUAAUAUAAAAACAAAUAAGAUGACAAUAUACAAAAACAUCAAACAAAAGUACAAUGAGCACACAUACAGAACGGCCCAGCAAUAUUCGAAACACCAAAAACAAAUAGCCAAGCUCAAAACAUCUGUAACAUUUUUAAUAAAAUGUAAGAGAACAGGCAUCAUACCAAACUUCAUAAUCAAUGCAACCAAACACACUAACAACAUCUUCCAAACACACAAAACCAAGAAAAUCCCGCCAAAUAUUGAGAAAACAUUACACAGGUACAUUCACAACUUUCACACGAAAGUAUUAAAACUUCUAAUACAAUACAAACACAAGCAAAUCCACUCUUUUAAAGAGAAAGUAGAGAAUACAAAGACUAAGCUAGGAGAACUACUGACUCAAGAUGAUUUCCUACAAUACCUCGACAGUGAGCUUACUCUCUACAAGGGCAAUGUUAGCAAGAGCAAGACAACACACAUAAAGAAACUACAGGCACUCACACAACGACAAGACAAGGCCCUCAACAUUAGACGCAACGACGUGUGGUUUGUGAAUAAAACAGAGCGAGAGAUACCAACGAACGUACAAUGGAUUCUCUCUUUAGGUCCGAAACACGCUCUCCCACACACCAACAAGAACUUUCCACUCUUGCAAGUCAUUGCAGAGGGAGAGGAGUGUGUACAAACUAUAGAGAAUAGAGAGGAACAGGAGAUGGGAAGAACCAAGCUUACAACAUUGAUAGACGAUCACUUACGAAAGUCAAAGAUGAGCAUGAGAGACAAAUAUGUGGUGGACACAGUGUCUCAAACAAGAAAAUAUUUAAAGGAGAAUGAGGAUUUAUUAAUUUUAACGGCAGACAAGGGAGGAAAGACAGUGGCUUUGUACAAAGAUGACUACGAGCAAAAAAUGAAGGCAAUAAUACACGAUAUGUGUAUGUAUAGGCGCUUAAAGAUUGACCCAACAUCUAGGCUACAGACAAGGAACAACAAAUUGGUGGAUAAACUUCACAACUUGAAUCUUAUCAGCAUCCAGGAGAAGAAUAAAUUGACCAGCAAGACCGCAUUGGCCCCUCGAAUAUAUGGACUCCCAAAGAUCCAUAAAGAAGGUACACCGUUGAGACCAAUAUGUUCAUCAAUAAACGCGCCGUCCUAUCAUCUAUUUCCUCUAAUAGAACUUCAAUCAGCACAAGAGACUUACGAAGAGUUGGUAAUUAUUUUAAAUGGCGCCACUUCUUUAAAGCUGCAGAAGUUCUUUUCGGCAUGGGAUGCCCUUCAGGUGACCGCAGCCUUUGGGAUGACUUCAGCGCCGUUUCCAAAAUUAAACGUAUUGUCUUUGGGCAGCAUGUGUAGCGAAACUUCGAGCCCAAUUAAGGGAGCCUUUCUCUUUAUUUGUGAGAGUUUUGGUAUCAUAAGGAGCGUAUUGACUAGAACCGAGUGUCUUCGUCUAAAGCCCUUGCUGACCAGUCGGCUGUCGGCUAGUGGAGUCUGGACCAGUCAAGGUCUCAGUAGUAGACAACAUGAUACGGCCUGA